UCAAGUUUGUGUGAAGUUGUGAAAAGUUGUCAACUGGAAAAAAGAGCAGAGAAACUCCUCCCGUCUUCAAAUUAUGAGCAGUAAGUUAACUUUUUCCAACUCAGAGGCACUAUGUGAGGAAAAGCAUUAAGCUAACAGUUAAAGGUAAACUCAGGGGAUAGUAAACGACAUGUGUUCAGUAUUGUAAGUAGAACAUGUUGGUAUUGUCGGAGCUAGCGUCUGAAGCAGUUAAAAAAGUGACCCAGUACUGAGUCUGGACUCUCAGCUAACAACAUUUACUCCAACUAAGUCAGACACUUUGUUAUGUUUCUGAGAAGCAGCUUGGUUUAUUUGUUGAAACUAACCCUCUCAUGAAAAAAGUCAACUUCACCAAGUUAAGAACUGUGAAACCGUGUUGUACUUUUUUCUUAACAGGACUUUUUGUGGUUAGUUCAUGUUAGCUUAGCUCGUUGGGCUAGCUGGGAACCUGUGGCGUGAAUUUCUUUAACAUUUCUCUCCUCAAAUGCAAAGGUAUCAGAACUGGAAUGAUGUAUGUUAGGUUAGGUUUAAGUUUGAUUCACUUUGGAGAUAUAAUAGGACCCUCAUGUGUCUGUUUGGACGUGUCCUCCUCCUUCUUUAGAUGAGUGAUCUUAACUCUUCCUCCACAGAUCAGCAGCAGCAGCACGGUGACAUGGCCGCUGUGGAGAGCGGCGGAAGCUUCAAUCAAAAGCGAAACACAAAUUCACAAGUAAGUGACCAAGCUUGUUCCACUUUUUGUCACUCAAGAAACAUUAAUCAAACUCCCCCCACUUAUCCCCCUUCUCUGUUAUCAAUUUCCCAUCAGUUUGCGUGAUUCUUGCGUGUAUUUUUCUCCUCUCUUUUCCGGCUUGUUGAUUUUCUCCUCCGAGCACAUGUCACCGGGGUGGGGAAUGGGCAGGUAAAUUUCGCCCACACGGGGUGUUCCCGUCAAACCCCGGCACUUCAUGUGCAUUUCGCUCGGCCCAUUUGGCUGGCCUUGGAGGGGGUGGCUAGAGGAGUGUGUCAGUUUAUAGGGCAAAAAUAAAGUGUGGGAGGGAGAUGGGUGGGUUUGGGGGGAGGGGAAGCCGAGCCCGCCGCUACUCUUGGAAAAAAUGUGGUCCCUCCCAUACUCUCCCACCCUGCUUUCCCCCCUGGACUCUUUUCUUUAAACAGGACUGGAAAGAACCAGAGCUUUAAAAAUGAGAGUUUUGAUGGUAUAAAAUCCACUCUGGAAAAUAGAAAAGCAUUUGAAAAACUUAAUCAUAUAGUUAAUUUUAUGGUUCAUUUGAUUUAACCUAAAUCCUCAUCUUAUUAAUAAGAAUCCAUGUUUUUUAUUUUUAUUUUACAUUAAGUUAUCUUAUUUAAGCUAGGUUAAUUAGAAAUAAAUACAACACACAUGCUUAGAUGUAGAUGCUAUUAAAGGGAUAUUCCGGCAUAAAAUUAAUUUAGGGUCAAACAUACCGCAACACCGAGUUAGACACCCCCUCGAGAGAUGAAUGUUGCCGAUCGCCUGCUCUCUAAUUAUACCAACUUUAGUGAUGACUGCAUGAUAGCAAUACACAGCAGUCUGAGGAGCCAAAAACAGCACUCUAUAACCAGAAAUAAUGCUCAGAACAGCCCCUAACUUCAUCAACAGUACAUAUAGGGUCCCAGCCAUAGUACUACUUUAGCAAAGAGACUAAACCAAACUCACCCACUCUCCUCCAGCAGUCGUUUGUUUAUAGCGAGACCUCAGGCUAGUCCAUUACAGACUACAGUGGGGUGACGCAGCUCAAGGAAGAACAUUUAUGAUCAUUUCUUCAUGGAAAUGCAAUCAGACCGAGAUGCUAAGGCAGAAGAACUACCGCGUCUGCAGUGCAAAAUGAUAAAUAUAAUGAUUAUUACUUCAAGGAAAUGAUAAAGAAAUGAUCAUAAAUGUUCUUCCUUGAGCUGCGAAACUCUGCUGUAGUCCGUAAUGGACUGGCCUAAGGUCUCGCUACAAACAAGUGGCUGCUGGAAGAGAGUAGGUGAGUUGUGUUUAGUCUCUUUGCUAAAGAAAUCAGGCAAAGCUAAAAGAUGUUUGGUGGCUAGUGCUGCUUUCAUCUCUUGAGGGGGUGUCUAACUCGAUGUUAUGGUGUGUUUGACCCUAAAUUAAUUUUAUGCUGGAAUAUCCCUUUAAUGCUGCUAGCUGUAUAAAGGAAAAGCAUGAUGUGCAAGUUUUAUUUAAAAAGGAACACUGUUUCCUGGCAGCAGCAGAUUCACCUUUGUCACACCUUUUGUCACUUUUCUAUGUGUCCAAAACCUACCAAACUACUUUGUAGAAGCAUUUUGUGUGGUUAGCUUUGCCUUUUGAAGUUGCCCCAUGUCAGUAAAAUAAUUACACGUUUUAUGUAAGUGAAACUGGUUUCUGUAGGCACCAGCAUUUUCUAAACAUCAACUUGUGAAGUAAAAAUAAAUUCACCUUAAAAUGUCAUGAAAACAUAAUAACAGAGGUAUUAUAAGGGCCUAUUAUAGCAAAUAUAGGACCUUUUGUAUCGUAUCCUCCCUGUGUUUAACACUUUCUUUUCCUCUCGUGUGUUUCAGGACUCACAGCAGCCCUCUCCCCUUGCCUUGUUGGCAGCCACAUGCAGUCGAAUUGACACCCCAGGAGAGAGUGAUUCGCCUGCAGACGAACAACAAAACCAGCAGCUAGACAUCAACCAGGGGAUUUUGACCCCCAGUGCCAACGGCUGGCAGGUUAUCCCUCUCAGUGUCCAUGCAUCCUCAGGCGCCAACACCAUCACCACCGACUCGUCAGGCGUGAUGACAGGAGAUACAGGGAAGGUCAGACAGGUGCUGUCGCCUGUGAGCACUCAGGGACAGCAGCAGCAGCCACAACAAUAUGUAGUAGCUCAGGCUCCAACAGUGCAGGGUCAGCAGGUCCUCACCACCUUGUCAGGCAUGAUGCCCAAUAUUCAGUACCAGGUUAUUCCUCAGUUUCAAACAGUGGAUGGCCAGCCUCUGCAGUUGACACACACUCAGCAGGAUUCCUCCGUGCCCACUGCUGCUGCAGCACCAGGGCAGCAGUUUCAGAUUGUCUCCUCCCCCAACGGCCAGCAGAUCAUAGCCGCAACCAACCGAGCUGGUGCAGCAGGAAACAUCAUAACUAUGCCUAGUCUCCUUCAGGGAGCCAUUCCCAUACAAAAUAUCAGCCUAGGCAAUAGUGUGUUACAGAACCAGCCUCAAUUCCUGGCAAACAUGCCUGUUUCAAUAAAUGGAAACAUCACUCUGUUGCCUGUCAGUACCGGAACAAGCAAUGCAACAGGAGAUUCAAGCGGUGGAGGCGACACAAGCGGAAACCAACUUGUACAACAAUCGCAAAAUCCAACAUCUUCCACCAGCGCGGCGUGUUACAUGACCAGUGCGCCCACUGUCACUACGCAGGCUUCCUCUUCUUUCGGAGUGACCCAAACGCACAAUACGAAUGGAGCGAUGACGGGAACAUUUCAGCAGAACGCUGCGACUUCUCUGGGGGUCCCGAUACAACCGGACAACAGAGACACACAGCAGCCACAGCAGAUCUUGAUCCAGCCUCAGCAGGUUAUCCAAGGUGGGACACACCUCCAGACUAUCCAGGCUGGUACUGUGGCAGGGGGUCAGGUCUUUGCAACCCCAACCCUCAGCCAGGAAGGGCUUCAAAAUCUGCAAAUCAUGCCCAACACAGGCCCCAUCCUACUGCGCACUCUGGGCCCCAACGGCCAGGUGAGCUGGCAAACACUUCAGAUCCAGAGUCCAGCUGGACCACAGAUCACUUUGGCCCCAGUGCAGUCUCUGCCCCAGCUGGGCCAAGCUCAGGGAGGCGCAGCAGCUGGUGGAGUAUCUGUCAACACAGUGCAGAUCCCCGGCAUCCAGACCAUCAAUCUCAAUACACUGGCAGGCUCUGGGCUGCAAAUGCACCAGCUGCAGACUGUUCCCAUCACCAUUGCUGGAGCAGGAGGUCAGUUACCUACCUAAUAACUGUCAUUUCCUACAGUGUACACAUAUGUUUGCAGAAUAUCUUGAAAAUUUAAGUUAUAUUUUUCUGUUCAGAAUGUAGAAAAGUAAUUUAUGAGAACUAAUUUCUCUGGGGGUCAGGGUCACUUCUCAACAGAGCUGGUCUCUUCUCCUACUUUGUCACUACUCUUCCUGUGAUCGUACAAAACUCACAGGGUGCAAACAUUUUUAGUCACGCAGACGAGUAGAUUUGUGUUAUUUUUUUUUUUUCACAGAAACCGGCUGUGAAAUGCAAAGUUUGGUGUGUUUCUUGUAUCUGUGAACUCGAUCUCUCUCACCCUUUGUGUUUGAAGUCAAGUAUACUGGUUCAACCAGUUCAGCUGGCCCGGUGCUGCUCUGAGCCCUUUCCUGUCUUGUAUGUGCUUAUGGUGACUUUUUGUUUACUUGGUAUAACCGCAUCUUAUCAGACAACUGCAUUUCAGUUGUGGGUCAGCUACAACCUCUGAGGGUGUAAUUUGACCCCUCUCAUCUCAUUUCGGACAUAAUCAUGUCGUGACCCUCAUUCACAGGCCAUCUCUUUCGAUGGUUAUUUGCAUGUCUGCUCUUGUUUGGAUACAAGCAUUUGUAAGAAAGCAUUUGGUCUAUUUCCAGUGCUCGUGGUUGUUGUCAUUAAAUCAUGACCCGUCUGUGGCCUUUUCACUGUAGCAAGCUUUGUCUUUUGGACCCAAGUAGAAAGUUAUGAAUGUGAAAGUGUCAGUGCUGAGAUUCACUCAAGCACAGUAGUUAAACCGCUGGAUGUUUGAGGUGACCUAGAAAUCGACUGUAUGCUGUCAUGUUGCAUAAUUGUACAACUAAUAUUCAAAUGUAGUGUGUGUGUGUCUCAUUGGUAACGAUACCACCAGGCCAACUUCUCAGAAUACCUCGGUUUAGUAUUGUUAAGAGGAAAUAACUGAGCAACAAGUGUGAACCUGUUUUCUUGACACCGAAAUGUACCUGCAGUUGAUUGCCUCAGAAAAGCCCAAGAUUGUUAAGUUGCAUGUUACCACACAGGAUUUGUAGUAAUAAUGGUGCCUGAUAGGUAUAUAGUAACACAGAGGAAAAGAAAUAAUUUUCUUAAAUUAUUUCUAUGAAUAUGAACAUGAAUAUGAAUCUAAUGCCGUUAAGUUUUAAUUGAUUUUUCUUUCACCACAACAGGAGAGCAGGGGCUACAUGGAGGAGGAGAGAGUUUGGAUGACAGCACAGCAAUGGAUGAUGACGAAAUAAGCCCCACACCACAAGGAAGACGUAACCGAAGGGAGGCCUGCACCUGCCCCUUCUGCAAGGAUGGAGAAGGACGGUACGUCACUGUAGCAUUUAUAAUGGUACAAAUUCAGAUGUACCACAAAAUAACUGUUCUGACUUUUGUUAUUAACAUUUUCAUGGAGAAACUGAGUCUAAAGUGAACUGUUUUUAUUCUAUUUUGUGCUCUGACUUGUGUAAAAUUCAAAGAGAGUAUUUGGUUGAAUGUAAAAACUUGAAAGUAAGGUUUGUCAGAUCUACAGCUUUUUAAAAUGAAGUUAAUAGAUUGAAGCUGAUUGUAGACGGUCUCCUUAGAGAAAACCCCGAACCCUUAAUUCUAAACAAACGCUUUUCCCCUCGAGCAGUGACCCGACUAAAAAGAAGCAGCACAUUUGCCACAUCUCCGGCUGUGGGAAGAUCUACGGCAAAACAUCUCACCUGAGAGCUCACCUCCGCUGGCACACGGGAGAACGACCUUUCGUCUGCGGCUGGUCUUUCUGUGGAAAACGAUUCACCCGUUCAGAUGAGCUUCAGCGCCACAAGAGGACACACACAGGUAAUACCGGGGAUCUAUCUCGCUUAAUUUGACACUGUGUACAUCGUAUCAAAGCUAAGUCAACUUGGUACUAUGCUAUGGGGAUAUGCCGGGAUCUCUUUCAUGGGCUGUAUAUUUUUGCUAAGAUUCCAGUUUUCCAGACAGGAGUUAUUCCAACUGUGAUAUUGAACUGAAAAUCGUCCUGAGUCUGAUUAAGUAAAUCCAAAUAUUUCAUAGAUCCAUGUUUUCAAUUCUAACAUCUUAAAUCAGGGUUAAAAAUGCAUCUUGGUGCAAAAAGCUGUCUCUCUUUUCUCUUCAUUUUGUUAUCAGAAGUCUGUCACCGCAACUCUUCAUUUUAUUUCUCCCUCUUUUUCAGGUGAGAAAAGAUUCGUGUGUCCGGAGUGUCCCAAACGCUUCAUGCGCAGCGACCACCUCUCCAAGCACAUUAAAACCCACCUAAACAAGAAAGUGCCCAAUGCAACCAGCGGCACCACAGGCUCCGCCGACGCAGGCUCCCCCGCCGCAGUUACAAAAGUGGAACCGGGAGCAGUGUCAGCAAACGAGCAACACACCAUUGUCACCAUGGAAACCUUAUCUGCCGAGAGCAUAGCCCGGCUAGCCAGCAGCGGGAUCAACAUGAUGCAGGUGGACUUGCACCAAAUUAACGGCAACAGCUACUGAGGACACAGAGGAGCAGCUCGACAGCCUCAGCGGAUGUUGAAUUCAGACAUUUGGGUUUAAAAAGGGCAAAAACCUCUCAAAGGCUUCAGACGAGGAGAGGUGGCCGCAUGAAAACAGACACUAUCCCAUUUGAGAACUGAGGCAGGAAAAAGGAUCUUUUAGGAUUUUGGUGGCAUCGUAAGGGUCAGACGAGGAUUAAAAUGUUAGACGAGAUCAAAAGAAACAUGAAAUCUAGUUCCCCUGACUGAAAAUGGCACUACACUAACAUUUAUUCCACAUGAAGACCCACUCGUAGGUGAUAGUAUGAUUGCAAUAAAAAAAAAAGCAGACUAACACACCUGCUGUUGAAUUGGUGGCACGUAUCACUCAGUAGAGUCAACACUACUCAGUCCAUUAAUUGUGAGCCAUACAACUUAUCCUUUCUCCCCUUGGGUGUCUUUUGCCCCACGAUGGCCCAGAACAUGAUACCGAUCCUGAGCAAAAACAAACAUCCAGUUCUCGCAUGUGCCGCGGUGGCAGUUUUUGGGGGAACCAUGCAUAGUGGAAAAACUAACAAUCCUGCUCUUAUACGAAUUACAUGUAAACAUUUUAGGGUGGAGGGCUGAAAACAUGAGGUGAAAACUGCGUGAUAGCCACCAGCACUAAUCAGUGUGAGGAUGAAAGUGUUUCUGGCCACUGAAAUCCUGAGAAUAACUCUUUAACCUCUUACGUUGGUACACACAUUCAAGCCAUCAUGCUUUGAUACGUUUGUCAUUGCAAAAACAUUUUGAUUUUUUCUAUGUAAAUAUAUAUAUUUUUGGUAAUGUAAAGGCGACAGAAAUUCAUAGCUUAGGCAGGGUCAUCUUACACAAUUGCAAGAGAUUGCCUUUCAGUUGUAUGAACCUCUCAUGCACAAUCAUUCUUAAAACGUAUAAUACUUUUAUAUAGAGAGAGAUUAAACGUGUAAAUGUACCAGCUUUCCUGUCAUAGAAGAAUGUAUUCUAUUCAGUCCAGAUCUUCCCAUUAUUAUUAUUAUUUUGUCUGGUAUAUUUGUUAUCUGAGACAUUGCCUUGCAGUCCCUUCAGCUUCUCUUUUGGUGAAAAGUUUCUUAUUUAGUCAAAUCUGGUCAGAGUGAAAUAUUUUUUAAUAAUGUCCAGACAGCAUAAAUAUGUAAGCUCAAAACCAAAGGUUCAUACUCAUUUUAUAAGCAGAACUAUGAGAUCUUUCUUUGGUCCAUCAACUUUCUAACAGUUUUUACUCUUGAUAUGCAUAUGUUAAAGUUCUACCUGGAGAAGAACCAGCUUGACAUGGACACACGGCCCUUUGUUGUCCAAAUAUAUAAGUUAAAAAUGUUUUAAAGGUCAAGGUUUUUCUUGGAUGCACCUCAUUUCUGUUUGGAGAAGUUUCUUUGUGUCAGAGUUCAGCUUUAUUUGAGAGAGGAAGUCGUCUUGUAAUUUGUCAGAAAAUGUGUUCAAAGUCUAUAAACUUACUCCAUCAGACAAAAAGUGCUCUUAUUUUUCUUUUUUUUUUUGUUGCCCCGUUUUAAACAAGGGAUUUUAUAUUGUGUGUAUUCAACUACUGCAAAUGCCAACAGCUGGAUUAAAAUAAUGAAUACA